AAGCUCUGUAUUUAGUUCAUCUUACUUGAGGUGAAUAAUAUCUGCCGUGUCGGUGAGAACAUUUUAAGUGUCUCGGUCCUUUCCUAACCCAAGUGUAAUCGACUCCAACGUCUGUGAAUGGUGGUUCAUCUGGAGAGACUCUAUCCGGGGGUAGAUCAGCCAUCUGCUGUUGUCCAGGAAUAGCAUUUAUACGCCGACAGACAACACAUUUAGACAGGAUUUUUCUGAUCAAUACUGCGGCACCAGGAAUCCAAUAUUUCUGACAUAGUCUGGAUAGCGUAUGGUUUCGACCACCAUGUCCCACCUCCAUGAAUGUGUCGUAGAAUGAGGUCAGCAAUGUGAAAGUCUUUGGAUAGAAUGACAGGAUGUUUCAUUUCUUCUGGCAUUGCAGCUCAGCAUAGGCGACCAGGUAUGGAAGAAUGAGUUCAUCGGCUGGGAUCCAGAGCAGUGCGGCACAGAAGAGAUAACGUUACCUAGAACCCAGUUUUGGACACCAGAUAUGGUCAUCAAUGAAUUAUGUUUUCUUCUAUCUCUGCCUGGCUCUGAUGGUGGCCAGCCUGUUGGAGACAAUCCUCAUCACCAACCUCCACUCAAGCUCCAGACGCCGAGCCCCCGUCCCCCGCUGGGUGAGAGUCGUUUUCCUUGGAACUCUGGAACGUUUGGUUGGUCUGCCUCCAAUGCCACCAAAAGAACAUUCAACAGAUCCCAAUGCCGCAGUGGAGGAGGGCGGCGUUUACAUGAAUCCUCCAGGGGGCAAACAUCUAGUAGACACAACCCUGGACGCACUGAGGACGUUGGGCAGAGACGUCCAGGCCAUCCGGCGGCAGGUGGACCGGCAGCAGAGAGGGAACCACAACUCUGAGGAGUGGACCCAGGUGGCAGGCGUCAUCGAUCGCUUUCUGUUUUGGCUCUAUGCCGUCUUCAUAAUAGUCAGCUUCGUAGGUAUGAUCUGUAUCUGGGCCUUUUCAUACAGCAAAUAAAAGAAUGUGUUUAGACAAGGGUUCCAUAAAUGUUAUAUAGCGGCCAAGAUUUGUGUUGCCUUAUGUAGUCUUCUAGCCUACGUAUUAUUUCCUUAUGUUCGAAAUGUACUUGAGUAAGUUUAGUCAGUAUGAUUGUUACUUAGGAGAGGUUCAAUACUCCAUUCCCGGCAUCA